GUGGUGUGCAUUCAAGGCCCACCGGGGACUGGUAAAACGAGCGUGGUGGUGGAAAUCAUCGCCCAAGCCGCGGCGAGGGGCGAGCGCGUACUCGCGUGCGCGCCGAGCAAUUUAGCGGUGGAUAACCUGGUCGAGCGCCUGGACGGCGUCACCGACGUUCGAGCGGUACGUUUCGGCGCACCCGAACGCAUCAGCGCCGCCGCGCUCUCGUGCUCGCUCGACGCCAAAGUUUCCGAGGCGACCGAGUUGUUUUUCCAAACGCAACGCGUGGAAUCGAGCGAGACGUCUACGAAACUUCGCGCGUUGAUGGACCGCUAUCAAAAGGCGACCAACGUGCCGAAAAAGCAAAGGGAAAAGCUUCAGAGCGAAAUAGAGGCGCUGAAAAAGAAGCUCAAAACCACGGUGAGCGCUGGUACGAAGCAUCGUAAGGCGUCGCAGGCAAAGAUUUUGCGAGAAGCCAACGUGGUGUUGGCGACGAACGCGGGCGCGGGAAUGGACACGGUGCAACAGCUGCCGCCCUUUGAUCUCGUCGUCGUAGACGAGGCGGCGCAAGCGAGCGAACCUUUGAGUUGGAUUCCACUCGUGCGCGGCAGACGCGCUGUUUUGAUCGGUGAUCCGUGCCAGUUGGCGCCCGUCGUGCGCUCGCUCGAAGCCGUCGAGGCGGGAUUGGCUCGCUCGCUCAUGUCGAGAUUGAUGCCCGCACCAGAAAAUUUAGACGACGAAGACGACGGAUGGAACGCGCGUGCAUAUGCCUCAUCGGGCGUGCUCACCCUGACGCUCUCGACGCAGUACCGCUCACACGAAACCAUUAGCUCGUGGUCGAGUCGUGAGGCGUACGGGGGACGCCUGCGCGCCGCCGAAAGCGUUCGCGGCGCCUUGCUUCGCGACUUGCCCGGAGUGCAAGAUACGCAAAUCACGCGCAUACCCAUGCUCAUGAUUACUGCUCGUUCGCCUUACGGGCGCAUUCCAGCAGAGUGUAACGAACGUCGCGUUGGUGGCUCCUACAUCAACGAAGGCGAGGCGACGACGGCGGCGGCGCACGUACUGAUGAUGCUCAAGGCGGGCGUGCGCGCGUCAGACAUUGCGGUGAUUUCUCCCUACGCCGCCCAAGUUCGCUUGCUUCGAAGCGUUCUCGCGGUCGCGCUCGAGGACGUUGAAGGCGCUGAUGCUGUGGAGAUUUCCUCGAUCGAUUCGUUUCAAGGGCGCGAGGCGGAGUGCGUCAUCAUCAGCACGGUGCGCUCGAAUGCUCGCCGCGGCGUCGGUUUCUUGUCCGAUAACCGACGCAUGAACGUAGCGGUGACGCGCGGAAAACGACACGUGACAAUCAUAGGAGACGACAAGACAAUCAUGGGAGAUGCGUUUUUGCGACGACUCGUCGAGCACAUCGAAGCC